AUGGAAGCCAUCCACGAUUUGGUUGAAGCAAUUACUUCUAACGUGGAUCAACAGUACCAGAAUGAUGUGCAGCUCGUUGCCCCAGCGGCAAAUGAUAUGGAAAGAUUCGAAGCGCAGCGGCAACAGAUUCAGGAGGCAUUGAAUCGACAGACUUAUCAUCAGUUCCGGGCUUACGCUCAGCAGCAGUUUGUUGGCGAUCCUAUACAGUGUCCGGCUAUCAGCGCAUUCCGUUGCCUUGACGACGCUUUUCAGAGCUCCUCUAUUGUAUAUUCUCGCAAAAAACAUCUGGCUCUUUCAUUUACAGGUGUCUCAUGCUUGUUAGCUGCCUGA